AAAUGGAGUUUAAUGGAGGACUUUUACCUAUAAAACAUUGAAAUUCACUGUUAUACACGCAUAAUUUCCAAGAAAAUGGUAAUACAUUAAUAAUCAUAUGUGUUGCUUUAUUUGGAAAUAAAUCUAAGGGUAGAAGUGAGUGCACAGACGAUUAAGUUCAAAUGUUUACAGUGUAGACAUGGGAGCCUCCUCUGCAGUUUGUCAAUCUAUUUUGUAGAAUUUUUCAUUUAUUUUCAUUGAAAAUGAAUGCGCCGUUCAUUUGUUUAAAACGUUCUGCAUGCAGUCAACUGUUUGAUAUACAUACCUAAUUAAACUGGUGCACAAAUUGAAAAAUUAAACAAAUAUGUAGUUGCACAGUUUUCACCUACCUGCACAAUAUAAGUGCAAUGUCCCAGAGAGUAAAACGGCCUAACCGCACUGACGAUGGCUCUGUUCCUACUAAACGGCGUAAGCGGCCGACGGUUGAGGAGGAGGAGACGGCCUCCCUGGCAGCUGCAGCGUGGCAACCGAGGCCGUUUAACGAUCUUAAGAGUAUUUACAAUCGGACGGCGACGGAGGCGCCCGCCGAACUAUUUCGAAAGGAUCUCAUCAGCGCCAUGAAGCUGCCCGAUUCGGAGCCGCUCGCUUCGGACGAGUACUGGGUUAUCGUCGACCAGUGGAAGCAGGAGUGGGAGCGGGGCGUUCAGGUGCCCGUUAAUCCGGACUCGUUGCCCGAACCGUGCGUCACCGUUAAUCAGUGCAACCAUGGUAGAUCUCGACAUGAAUUUCGAAUAUUUCCUUUAGACACUGAAAGGCGAGAUAUAUGGAAUUCAUUUACUGGAAGUGAUGAACCUGUCCGUAGUAAAAUGCCGAAGAACAAGUACAUUAGGAUCACAAAGGACGAGCAUUUCAAUGUGGACGAUCACGUUCUGUCAACGGCGGCGUCCAAAUCGGAGGCGGCCUGUUCUUACGAUCUGGACGAGUGCGACGUGUCCUGGUUGAAAUUGUUGAACGGCGAACGGGCCGCUUUAGGUCUCGGUCACGUUACGGAGGAACAACUGGAAAGGGUAAUCGAGAGGUUGGAGAUCAAUUGUUGGGAUAAAAUGCAGGCGAUUUUGCGAAACGAGGAGGGGCUAGGCAUAGAGUAUGAUGAGAAUGUAAUUUGUGAUGUGUGUAGAUCGCCGGAUUCCGAGGAGGGGAACGAAAUGGUGUUCUGCGAUAGUUGUAAUAUAUGUGUACAUCAGGCCUGUUACGGUAUUACGCGGAUUCCCGACGGGCAGUGGUUGUGCGGUACCUGUUCGCUCUCUCAAAGACCCGAGUGUGUUCUGUGUCCGAAUAAGGGUGGGGCUAUGAAGGCGACUAGAUCCGGACAGAAGUGGGCGCACGUGUCGUGCGCGUUGUGGAUUCCCGAGGUUAGCAUAGGUUGUGUCGAGAAAAUGGAGCCGAUAACGAAGAUCUCAAGUAUUCCGCAGAGUAGGUGGGCUCUGAUAUGCGUGCUGUGUCGCGAGCGAGUCGGCGCGUGUAUACAGUGUUCGGUAAAAACUUGUAAAACUGCUUAUCACGUGACGUGCGCGUUUAAGCAUGGACUUGAAAUGCGGGCGAUCAUCGAGGAUGAGAACGCGGACGAUGGCGUUAAGUUGCGAUCGUACUGCGAGAAGCACAGUAAGACUAGCAAGAAGGAGAAGAGCGUUUGCUCGGGGUCGGACGACGACGAUAGCAAACGGAAAAAGCGGAAAGAUAUGACAUCCGAAGAGAAAAACCAAGCGCGAGCGGCUCGCCUUCAGGAAAUCGAGGCGGAAUUCGAUAAGCACGUCAGUAUGAAGGACGUUACGGUGCAUUUAGAUGUAGAUAACGAAGCUUUGUAUUAUAUUUAUAAUUAUUGGAAAUUGAAACGUAGGGCGGGCCAUAAUAAGCCUUUGCUUCUACCCAAAUUCGAGGACAUUGACAUGCUGUCGCAUAAACAAGAACAGGCGGAUAUCGAAAAGAUGAAAAUGUUUGUGCAAUUGCGGCAAGAUCUGGAGAGGGUGCGGAAUUUGUGCUACAUGGUUAGUAGGCGCGAGAAACUGUCGAGGACGUUUUUUCGAAUGCGAGAACAGACCUUUCACAAACAAGCCGCCGUCUUGUCGACGGGUCAUUCUCUGUCUACUUCAGUUGUGCAAGCCGUUAUCGAAGCAAACCACGGUCCUUCGAUAUACGAUCGUUUGUAUUCGCACAGCGAAGCCGAAGACCACACGAAAGAUUUCGACGUGAUCUUGGCGCGCAUUGCCGGAAUUAAGUCGCCGCAGUAUGAAUUUGAAGACCAUAAGAAGCACGAAGUGAACGGACUGGUUAAGAGCGUCAAAGAGAACCCGUAUCGUCGGUUGUACUUUAACGGAUCAUCUAAAAGGCGAAGUGCGAGUCUAUACGGAAGUAGCGCAUCCGCCGCCAGUAGCAGCGACGAACAACCUAAACCGAUUAUUAAAAUGCAUAGUAGCACAGAUGACGAAAAGCCACCUCUUUCUUUACCGAAGAAGAAGGUUAACAGAGGCCACAAACGGACGCUGAAUCGAAAGGCGGUGGAGCGCCGGAAGAAACGCGUCAGCAAGACGGAGAGCAGCAGCGAAGAAGACGUCAAGAAAGACUGGGGGAAAUUGUCAAAGUCGCGCCUGCAUCAGAUGGAGCACGAGCUUGGCAUUUCCGGCACUGACAGCGACGAACUAAUGCCAAUUCGAGUGCAAAAAGGCGGAGAAUCUCAUAGAGCUAAAAUAUCUUCCAUUUAUUCCGAUAGCGAUAGUUCAGAUAUGUCGGCGAAGAACGACGAUAAAUCGUCGAAUGCGGCUAGCGAUUCCCAACAAAAUCGGCUGAGAACCAAAGCUGCUGUGAAAGAAUUUUCGCAAAAACCAUCGACCUCGAAACGUGUAAAUAAGACGCCCGAAACGAAAAAAUCGAGCAAGCACAAAGAAUCGCCCGACAAAAAGGAUUAUGUGCCCUCCGAUCUAAUUGUACCUCAAAGACAGGCCGCCAAAAAGGCAUCCGAGAAUAUGAAGUCGACAUCAGUUUCAAGACCGAAAGAGCCCGUGCCUCCGGAGUUAGAGCCGAAGAACGUUUCCAGUCCCGAAGACAAAGUAAAACUGAAACCGAAACUGUUAAAAACUGGCAAGGAGAUCAAACCUGCCCCUAAAAAGGAGGUGAAACAGUCCGAUGUCUUCGAUAUUGAGAAAGAGUUCGACAAAGAUGAUAACCUGGAAAUUCUGUCGUAUGUUCCGCAGCGACAAGCCGCGAAGAAGGCGGCCGAGCAUAUAAAGAGCGGCCUGGGGAAACCUCUACCACCUGCCGAGGUUGCUUCAGAAUCUGAAAGACCGAAAAAAGAGCCGGAAACGGUUAGUACCAAAAAGGAGAUGGAAAUAAAAAAGAAGCAACCGGAAAAGAUUCCCGAAGUGAAACGUAAGUCUUCCUCUAAUAGCAGUACGUCUUCCUCCUCCAGUACUUCCACUGAUUCUUCGAGCAGCUCGAGCUCCGAGACGGAGGACGAGCCCCCCAAGCGACAAUCACGAACCGAAAGCCUGUUCUCGUCGCCUCCGCCCGACACGAUUAAGAAAACUACUAACGCCAAGGACUGGCCCUUUCUUGACAAGGAAGCCAAGUCUAAGGCAUACAGUAGUACUUCAGACUCUAGUGACUCGAGUCGACCCGCCUCCCCCGCCAAGCUCAAAAGGGAGCCAGCGGCGCGCGUUCAAGACCGAAAACCCGCUAGGCCUCCUCGCCGACUGUCCGAUAAGAAACCUGCGACACCUCCUGAAAGAGAGGAACCAUCGCUGGGAGCCGGCAGGGGCAGAGGAAGGCCGGCAAAGGCGCGGACGAGGUCGCGAAACUCGAGUGAUCGAGCCGGAGAUGUUAAUGUCGGGCUUGGAGAUAUCGCUAAUAACCAAUCGGUGGGAGGGGAAAGAAAUAAAAUUAGAAAGGGAAAAUCUGAUGAGGUGGCGGAAGGGGCUAAGAAAGAGGUCGCCAAGUCCGGCGAUCUACUCGCUUCGGUCAGGAAAGAAGACAAGAACGUAGUCGGCGAGCGGUUCGAGACGAGCGUCGUCGAUUUGGAGCGCGAAAUUCGCGAAAGGAAGGCGGGUAGAGAUCAUUCGAAUAAUAAAAGCAAGACGAGUUUGGAAAGGUUGCUGGAUAAGAAGCUCGACAAGAGCGGCGGGGAGAGAUUUAAGGCUUCACCCGAGAAGGUUGCAGUGGUCGAAAAGGUUAUGACGCCGCCGAUGAAAGAAAACAAGGAGGAACUCAAGGAAGAGUUCAUAGAAGAAAUAAAGGAUGAGGAUCAACCCCCUAUUCAUCAGGUAGACGAAAUUGUUCCGCAGCACGAAGUUAUUCCGCAGCAUCAAGAAGAAACGGUACCCAUAAAGAAAUCUCCCAAAGUGAAACCUGGCGAAGAAAUCUAUGCUGAAGAAUUAUUCCAAGCCGAAAAGGAGGUUAGAAGUAGUCCGAAGUGCAUCGUGAGGAAUCUAGAGGAAACGAUCGAUGACAGUCGAAAAGUGUACAGCGAGAAGGUGUGUAAAAGUUUUCAGUUGGAGAGCAACAAUAAAGUGGAAGAUUUCGUGAACGAAAAGAAGCAGGCCCGAUCGAUAUUUUCACCCCCGCAUCCCAACAAGGAGACGGACCUGCUCGAUUUUGAUCUUUUGGAUGACGGAUUUGGAAUCUCAAAGGACGAGGAGAUAAUGAAGGGUUCGUUGACGUUCAGUUAUGGCAACAUUUCGUUGUUCAAGGAGGACUCGAAGGAGGACAGCGCGCGAGAAACUUUAAAUUUGGUUGAGAAACUGAGGCAGGAACUGUCGAAGAAAUCGACCACCUGUGAUAUGGAAGACGCCGUUAGCGUGGCGUCGAGUACAAAAAAUGAUAUUGAUAGGAUAGAUAUGGAGCAAAUUGUUCCGAACGAUGUAGAGGUAAGGGAGACGGAGCCUUCUCACGUUAGCUUAGAAAUGCGGAUCGAGGUUAACGAGGUUACGGACAAAGAGCGCGCCGAGAAAUCUCACGAUUAUAAGUACUCAACUUGCGAAGUCGAUGUUCCUAUAGAAAGUAAUAAGUCGCAGCAAUCGCACGAUCAUUUGGACCACAGCGAUUCGGCGCAGGCGGACGAGCGGUGGGUGCCUCCGAGCGAAAGCUGCCCGAUUAUUCCCACGGAAAGUCACUAUAAUGUUAACCCGCCCGAUUUACCUCAAGCGUAUGUGCAGCAAUACUCGAUGAAUCAGCACCAAAUUUUAGCGCAGCGCGUUCAGGAGGAGUUCACUAAGAAUAGCUCCCCGAGUCUGCACGAUCGGAGAAUAUCGCAGACUCCGUACUUGGAGCAAACUUCUAUGGAUUGUAUGCCAAGUCCUUUGCCGUAUGCCGAUAUUCAUCCGCAGGCGAAGUGGGCCGAUAGUCAGGUGAUGCCGACACGGAGAUCAUCAUCCAGUUCUGUCGCGUCAACGUCGAGUUCUUGUUCCCGUAGAAAUGACGUCGACGAUGAUUUAAUGAAAAGGCCGGACGUGAUGAUGAUCAAUCACCCGAACUUAGAAAUGCCAUUCGGAGUUCUCCAUCCGUUCCCGCCGAAUGCUCUCGACCCUUACCCACCUUUUUCGGAGCCGUCCCAAUUUGUUAGUCCCGUUAGUUUAUUUCCGCCUCCUAAUAUUAAUACUCAAAUUCCGUUUCCUUCCCCAGGUGCGGCAAUGUUCCCCCCCGCUUUCGGCGCAGCAUUUCCCGCCUCUCAUUCCGUUAUACCUCCUAUGCCUAAACCGGUCGAAGAGACAAUCAGAUACUCAGCGGCGUGUACGGCAGCUUUCACAUCGUCGCAGCACAAUAUGGCGCUGACGGCGGCGAUGGUCAAUUUACCGCCGAUUACUCCGAAGGAAGUCAUCGAGAAGGAAGAGCCGCCGCAACCGUCUCUUCUUUCGCCGACUGUAAGUAAUUCAACGCCCAGCACCAACCAUAUUGAGCCGUCACCGAAUCCGUCGCUCAAAUCGAACAGCUCGGUCGGUAAAAAGUCGCCGAGCAAACCGACGAGAACCUCGGCCCGGUUUAUAUCGCAACAGAAUAAGUCUCCGAAUAAAAGUCCCGCGCAGGAAAUCGCGACGAAGACUAGCGGCCCGGGACGAGGACGCGGCGAUAGCAAACGCGGGGCGGGUCGGGGGCAGGCACAAACUCGCGGACGCGGUCGAGGACGAGGUAGAGGGAGAGGUAGUCACGCACAAAGUACCGAUUAUAACUUCGGCGCCACGAAUACCAUUCACAAUAAGUUGGUCGGAACCGUAUACGAUUUGGAUUUCGACGACGACAUCUGUAACGACAACAUGGGCGACUUGAAGGCGAUGCGGGAAAGGCGAAAGUCCUCCGAUAUUCACGAACGUAAAUCCGACGCCUCGCAUUUAUCGAGAGAUUCCUCGCAAUCUCCCCCGCACAAAAGUAGACCGUACAACGCGGACUUGCGCGAUCUUAGGCCGCCGACCCCCAUCAACGACGACGCAAAAGCCGAGUCCCCCAUCGCGCCGGUUGCGAACGAGACGUUUCCGGAUAUCGUACAACCCGUGCUACCCGGACCGGUGGAUAUGCGUACUUACAACAGUUUCGAAUCGCAAGGAUACUCCGAGGCAAAUUUAUUGGGGGCGUUUGCUAGCGGCACCGCCGAAUCGCAAGUGCACGAUGAGAUUGACGAAGAUUUCGAGAAAGAGCUGCGAUCUGCCUUAACGGCGCGUAAAGCCGAUGAUACUCCACUACGAGAGACUGCCAACAAUAUAAAAGUAUCACUGUCUGAUUCUCGUAACCAAUUGAAAGUGAAAAUUAAAGGACCAAUUGCCAAUUACACUGCGACUGUGCCUCAGCUACCGCCAUCGGUCGAAUCCAACGCGGUUUCAAGUAAUUCCUCUAGCGCCUCAGUCGGCAACGCAAUGUCCAACGUUAAUGCCGCCAUUAACUCUGGAACAUCGAAUUUGCGACGCAUGCGCAAAAAGGAAUUGUUACGACAGUAUUGGACGCAAGACAUGAACAUGGACGAGCCCGCGACCGUUCCGGGUAUCGCGGCGGCACCGGCCGCGCCACCGGUCAACCGCACCAUUAUCACAAUCCCGAAAGCCGUCGCGUCCAUGACCAGCAUACCGACCCGAGACGACUACCGAGACUACAGGACGGGAUCGGACGGUUUACUAGACGCGAAAAUUCCGAAGGAAAACAAAGCGCGUCCCGGCGCCCUCUCGCGGGAGCUGCGUCAACUCGAGCUCUCCGUAGAAGACGACGGUGCCCCCGAGCGAAGGCGUAGCAUCGGCUCGACCGGCAGCAACGCAUCCGAAGGUAAUAAACGCAGAGGUAGACCGCUAGCGAAACCGUUACAGCCUCAUACUCCCAAGUUGAAGAUCAAAAUCGGCGGCAACAGCAUCGUCGGCGGUCCCAAGCUGGAAGAUCGCAAGGAUCGCAUUCGGCCGCCCAAAAAGAGACUGACGAAUAUCGCGCAGCCCAGCGUCGAAGACCUAAAGCGGGAGAGUAUGAAGUACCGAAAGAUGGUGAUGGCGCACUUCGGCGAGGAAAAAAAGAAAAAGAAAGACAAGAGCGGCAACAAGCAUAAAAAGCGAAAAGGGGAACGCAUUCAGAUCAUCUCUAACGAUGAUAAAAAUUCGACUAAGUUAAUUAUAAGGUUCGGUAAAAAGACUGCUAGUGAACGUGGUAGUGAGAAUAAACGGACCGGUGCUAGUGAAACGAAUUGUAAAACGGAAGCGAAACUGUUGAGUUCGCCGGUAGUUGAUCUUUCGAAGGACAUCGCGCCGAACGGUGGCGCGACGUCGCUUCGACAAGUUCGCCCAAACAAAGUGUCUCCGAUUAAAUUAAAGUUGUCGCGGUGCCAGACGGGCUCAGGCUACGUAAUGAAGACGGACGAGCCUAGUUCUAAGAGUACCUCGGAGGAGAAAAGUGAUAAGGUGCCGUCACCUCCUCCUCCCCCACCGCCGCCGGCACCGCCCCCUAUGAAUAAUGUACCUGAGCCUGUUCAUACUCCUCCUCCAGCGCCCUUGCCUCUCAAUAAAGACUGCGAAGUUAGAUGAUGACAUGUGACAUAGGUACCUCUUAAUUUGUAAAAUAGCGACCAGUGAUCGGAUUUGUACAUUUUACUAAUCUCAACACCUGUUUUAGCUCACGUUGUUAAGUUAUUUAGUAUAUGUUUAAUAGGCUAAUAAUGCAACCACCACGUGUAGAUUACGUUGUCUACUUCAGUGUACAAAGGUCAAUUACAUCCGCGAACUUGUAUUCAUAUUUUUGUACAUAUUGUAAGUUACGAUCAUUGUGAAUAUGCAUAAUACUAAUUUAUAUAUUUCAUUUAAAAUGAUUAACACGUGUUGACAAUUUUGAUAGCUAGAUUCGUUAUAGAUUCAUCAGAUAUUGUACAGAACAAAUGGCUUGCGUGCAAUCUUUUUAUUAUUGUUGUGAGAAAAAGCCAUUAAUUUUUAUUAAUAUUAUUAUUAUUGUACAUAGUAUUUUUAAUUAUAUCUGAACGGCAAUCGUUUUAAAAUUUCUUAAAGAUUUUAUAAAUUUUAGCUUUAGAUAUAUUUUAUUUUUUUAUAUAAUUGUAAAUGUUUUUAAUAAACGUAUGAUGUGUUAUUAUUACAUGUUUUAUAUGAGUAUUCGUGCACGAGCCAUUUGUUUGUUUUCAUGUUACAUGAUAUAAAUAAUAUAAUAAAUAUAAACUAUAAAGAAUUGAACAGUUUCUAUUCAGUCAUAUCC